AUGUGGGAUCUGGAAGAUGCAUUUGCUGCGGCAAUUGAUAAGAAGUACUACACCUUGGCGGAUCGGAUUUGGAAGCUUGACAUCGAUGCUAUCUCCGAGAAAGAAGUACAUGUACUGCUUCGGUUGGCGUGUCAAGAUGGCUCCACAAACGCCAUCAAAUAUUUGUAUCUGAUUCGACAGAUUCUAGAGGAACGGCAGAUGGACGAGUACUACAUGUAG